AAAUUGUAUACAGUAUAUUUGAUAAAAGCAGAAGUUAAGAAUUCUCAGUCGCAGCCGCUAGCUAUUUUUGUGUAAUUGUUUGUCAAAAUUAACCUGAUAUAUAUUUCGAAUUAGUUGCUUGGAAAUCGCCUGGCAUACGGUGCAAUUGCGACAAAGCGGCUUUGACGAUUCGCAAUCGCAACAAAAAUAUAAAAAUAAAAUAAAACAAGUAGAAAAAAGAAAACGCACACUUGGCUACACCGGAUUGGAAAACACAGCGCAAAAAGAGAGUGAGAGUGAGAGCAAAAGCGAAUCCGAAUCCGAAUGCGAAUGCGAUUCGAUUGGCAGAAACGACACAACGAUAGCCAUCGCACAUCGGCACGGCACCGAUUUUCUUCUUCCACCCGCGCCGUUCCCGUUGGCAGCCAGCAGCUAGCCAGCCGUCUGUUUUAAGUUUUUGCAGUCAAAAGAAACUAAUUUAACAGCAUUUACGCCGCAAUUGACACAACGGGCUAAUUACGAUACAGACGGCCGAAAAAAUGUUAAUAAACCUAAAGGUGAAAACUUUAGAUGCUCGCACACACGACUUCAGCAUCGACAAUGAGUUAACCAUACGCCAGUUCAAGGACCAGAUUGCGGAGAAGACGAACAUCGCCGCGGAGAACCAGCGCAUCAUCUACCAGGGUCGCGUGCUGGCGGAUGACAAGCAGGUCAAGGAAUACGAUGUCGACGGCAAGGUGCUGCACGUCGCCGAGCGUCCGCCGUUCUCGCAGCGCGGCGCCAACGCCACCAACAACGAUGAGCCGAUGCGCGGCUUUCGCGGCAUGCCCGGCCGCCCAACGCCGCGCAACUUGCGCAAUGCACCAUACUUCCGGGCACUCGACGGCAUGCUGGUGGGCACCAUGGCCAUACCAGUUAACAACGGCCCCUUGACCGCCGCCGGGACCCGGACACCACCGAAUCGCUUUCCGAACUCGUCGUCCUUUUGCAUUAAUCGCAUUACCGUUGCCCAGCACAUGAUCGACUGUGCCAACAAUAUAGCCGCCUAUCUGGAGAAUCCGGAGAUCGGUCUAAACAAUCAGCCGUUGGAUAUACUGCAACGCGGUCACUGGACCAUGGAGUCCACUGUGGUUGAGGUCGGCGUCUCCUCGACGGACAUGCCGCGCAACAAUAACAUCAUCGACAUGGUACAGGAUGCUGUCACCGCGGCACUCUCGCGCAACACGCCCGGCCGCAACUACACCGUGGUGCAGCUGCCCACGGUCUACACCAACGAGGAGGGCGAGCAGCAGCAGCAGCGCUCGACCCAGGCCAGCGGCAGCAGCGAAGGCACCGCCGCUGUGGCCGGCAGCGAUACCAGCGGAGAGGAGACCACAGCCGCUGCUGCGGUCAUCAUUGAGGAUGUGAUCGAGACGGACGACGAGGCUGCUGAGGGUGGCGCCACGCCGCCAGGCGAGGACGAGCGUUCCAACUCGCCACAAGCAACUGAUGGAGCAGCAGCAGGAUCAGCAGCAGCAGCUGCAGGAGCUGCCGAGGACAAUGCAACCAAUGCAGCGGCGGCGGCGGCUGGGAUUGGUCCGCGACGCCGGACCCGUCCCCAGGUGCUGGCGAGUGUCUUCCAGCGCUAUCGCAGCGUGGAGACGCGCUUGUCGCCCUUCCUGGAUCGCUACUAUGAUAUACUGCAGCUGGAUCCCAACUUCGCGGAGCAGGACACGGCUAGUCGCGAGAAUGCCCAACGCAUCUACGAUCGCGUCUCGGAAGCCCUGCACUAUCUGUCCCAUGCACAGCACGCCAUCUCGGAUCUGAUGCUGGACCUCUCGCAGCCCGGCCCGCGCGUGCUCACCUGCCGGCCCAUACUCGUGGAGCAGAGCGGCUACAUACGCUCCAAUAACAUAUUCACGCCCAAUCUGGUGGCCACGCCGCUGGCCGAGCUCAUCGCCCAGGUGCCGCCGACGGCUGUGCCGCAACAAGGUGCUGGCGCCGGCGCCGCUUCGACUGCGGCCACAGCUGCAGUUGCCACACAGCAGCCGGAGCAGCUGAGCAUGGAACAACAGCUAGAACUGGACACAUAUGCACGUGCCGUCCGAGCGGGCGUUCCAGUGCCACCUGCUGCCGUCGUGGCCGGCAAUGCAGCAGCAGCAGCAGCCACCGCUCCGGAUCAGCCGCAGAACCCGCCAAACGAACAGCAGCGAAUGGAUGAGCUCUAUGCACGCGCCAUGGCCACCGACUUUGCUAGGCAAAGGGAGGAGUUUGGAAGAGGAGAAUCUCCGGUCCGUCCUGCCACCGGCUUUGCUAGGCAAAGGGAGGAGUUUGGAAGAGUAGAAACUGAUCCGGAACCUAAUGCUAGCGAUGACUCAAUGGCAGCUGGCGUUGCCGAGGCAGAUGCUGCAGCUGCUGUCGUCUCUGGACUCUUGACGCGCAACAACGACAAUGUCGAAGAUCCCGUGGAUGAGCCCAUGGUGGCACCAACAAAUGCCGCCGCAGUCGCUGGCGUCCUGCCGCAGCCGCGUCCAGAAAUGGGCGAAAUGGAUCCGCACGUGCAGAUGGCUCGCUUGAUACAGGCCGUGGUGAACAGCGCCACAAACGAUUCGGAUCUGCGUCUGGAGUUCAAUGUGCCCAACGUGAUGUCCAUCAAUUUGCCGGUGCAUGUGAUGACCGCUGCUGUGCAUCCACAGGGACGCCCAGCAGCUGCCACCGACAGCACUGGAACUGGCGAUGCGAAUGCAGCAACAGCUGCCGGUGCAACAUCAGCUGCUGCAGCUGCUGCUGCUGCUGGCGGAGCUGCGGCUGGGGGAGCGGCUGCUGCUGGAGGCGCCGCAUCCACAUCGAGCGGCACACGCAGCGGCGAGCAGCGCGCAAAUACAUUGCCCACAACGGCCACGCAGACACGCUCGACGUCCCGGCCGCAGAUACAGAUUGGCGGCAACAACAACUGGGCCGGACGCAUUGCGCCCACGCACACAGCCUUCGAUCGCUUCUUGCCGUGCAACAGCCAUCAUAUUCGCGAGCCCGAAACGCUGAUCCAGCACAACAACAACAAUAACAUCAACAACAGCAACAACAUCAACACGAACAGCAAUCGAAGAUCGGCCAAUGCAGCAGCCGGCAAUGCAGCGGUCAUCGCUAGUCGCUUGCCGCCGCGUAGCCAGAGCGGCACGAGCCUCUCGCGUCCAUUGUCGUCGCGUCGGCGUGCCGCUAUCAGCCGUGAGAACCGAAGCGGAAGCGUGCCGGGAAUGGCAACCGUUGCUAAUGCUGGUGGUGGUGGAGGAGGUGGCGGUGGUGGUGGUGGUGGCGGCGGCGGUGGUGGGAGCAGCGGUGCAGCUGUGAACAGCAAUGCGAGCUACACGCUCAAUCGCCGUGCUCUCCCGCCGAACGUACGGCCCAUGCAAAGAACCAUAUCCAGACUUAUAUCCGCUAUGUUUGACAAUUUUUUGGUAACUAAUAUGAGAAAUCAUGCGCAAACAGCUUUGGCCGGCAAUGGGGCCGCCAGCAACAACGCCGCCGGCAACACUGCGGGAGCCAAUCCCAGCGUAUCCUUAUCCGCAGCAGCAGCUGUGGAGGCCGCCAUCGCAGGCGCUGGCCUGGCAGCCAGCACACCGAUAGCCGGCAACAGCGUGACCAGCAUCGGCCCAGUCACAUCAGCCGUGCCAGCAGCAGCGGGAGCAGGUGGCGCUGGAGGAGCAGGAGCAGCUGUGGUGGUCAGGGAUCAGUCUAGCGAUUUGCGUGCCCAGCUGCGCAGCUUUCUGAAUCACAGCGUCUUCGAGGGUGCGCCCAUUAACGAGGAGACGAUGCCCUCGGCCAUUGGCCGCGCCCUGGACUGGUUCGGCGACAGCUUGCUCUAUUUGCCGCAAUACGAGCGGCCGGAAUACAAUUCGCGCGACUCGGUGUGCAACACGCUGCGCCAGAGCCUGCGCCUGGUCAUCGAGCUGUGCUACAGAUCCAACAGCUGCGGCAGCCACUUCGAGCAGCAGCUCAAACAGAUCUGCGAGCAGUUCCGCAAGCGCCUGUACAGUGUGCUCUUCCUGUGCCUCGGCAGCGUCAAUGCGGAGCUCUAUUGGCGCCAGCUGAUGCGCCUGCUCUGCGUGCCACUGCGCUCAAAUUUCCGCAACGAAGCCUUGCAGUUUCUAUGCAUCUACAUUGAUCCGACAAUACCGGCGCACACGGACACCGCCGAUGCCCAACAGUUCCUGGUGCUGCGCGACUCACAGUCGUCGCUGCCCUUAGAUCAGCCUUUUGUGGCGCCGCCACCGCUUGCAUUUCAUCCACAGCCGCUGCAGCAGCAGCAGUCGCCGUCGGCAAGGCAAUCGCUCGAUAGCGACAUUGAAAUGGCCGAGGUGGCCAGCAGCAGCAGCGCCACAGAACUGGAGCCACCAUUGCCCGCCGUGACAGUCGGCUCCGAGCCCUGGCACAACAAUUUUCCCAAUGACUGGCUGCCUGUGAUAACGCGGGAUCUGCAGACCCAGGCGGAGCAAAACCGGCCACAGCCACCGUACUCCGAUGCCUACAUAUCGGGCAUGUCUGCCAAGCGCCGCAAGAUCAUCCAGUCGGAAAAGCCGCCAAAUGUUGAGUGUCUGAUCGCCAGCGGAGUGCAGCGUGCCUUACAGAGCACCGGUCUGAGCGGACCGAACGGACCCGGCGUCAAUACGGCUGUCAAUCCGGAUGUUGUGAUCAAUGCCAUUGCACAUGACGCUGUGGUUCAGGCAUCCUACACAGAGGCCGUGCGCAACAAUGCCAGGGAACGCCUUAAACAGGACAUCGAUUACAAGCCGGGCAAAUAUCCGCAGAUCGCCAAGUUCACUGAACAGAAGUAGUUGGCGGUUAAUUGGAUAAGUUCUGUUUAAAAGCGGCUCGAUUGCAGCCUGACCAAUAGGCGGUCCACGAAGUCACAUGAAGUGCUCGGGAAGCGGAUGCUGCUUCAAUAUAUAUAUAUAUAUAUGUAUAUAUAUACAUAUAUAAUAUAUUACUA